AUGCCGCCACCACCAGGAGCCCGCGCCGCCACCGCGUCGUCACUGCAACCGGUCCGUGCCGCCGCCGCACCGCCGCAAGCGGGCCAUGCCACCGCCCCGACUCACCGUCGCACCACACCCGUAAGUCCUGAAGCUCCAGCUUUUAUGCCCCAUUUUGGUCGGGUCUUCCUUGGGUUACGAUUUGGAGGCGGGAGUUACGAGUUGGUAAUGGAAGAUAACCAAGAAAUCGGCGCAUAUAUGUUUAGGAGGACAGUGCCUGCUGUUCACAUGGCACCUGAAGAUGUUCGAUGGAUGGUUGGAGCAUGGAGGGAGAGAAUCAUUGUAUGCAGCGGUAAGUAUGGCCUCGCUCAUGGCCUGGUGAAGGCAUUCAUGGAUUGUGGCGCCAAAGCAGUCAUCUCAUCGUCCAUCGAGCCUCCGGAUUCCCAGACAAUAGUCUACCAUGGGAUGGAUGUCAAUGGAAGCCUAGAGAAUGGGAAGUUUGUCAUCGGGGAUGAAGAAGCCGAUGAAUCAGAGCCUGAACCUGUUAGCCCUGUAAGUGACUGGGAGGACAACGACGUGGAGAAAGGUGGCAACCAUGACAUGGAUGAUGAGUAG